CUUACACGGACUAGUGAAAGCAGGAGCGUCGAUCAGAGAGUUUUCAAAUUCAAGAAGAUCGUUACAAAAAUGGACACGUUGCUAAUAAGUAACCGUAUUUAUUUAAACUCGGAGCAAAAGCACGGUUUCAUCAGCGGAGGAAUCCUGAUCUCCCAUAAAGAUGGAAAAGUGAGCAGAAUCUUCUCCUCGCUGUUGGCGGUCGAUGUCUACCUGCUGCAUAACGAAGCUGAAGUACACAACUUCGGCGAUCUGGUGCUGAUGCCCGGUUUGAUAGACUCCCAUGUGCACAUCAACGAACCCGGCCGUACCGAAUGGGAGGGAUUCCAUACGGCAACCAAGGCGGCCGCAGCCGGUGGAUUCACCACCAUCUGCGACAUGCCUCUGAACUCGAUUCCACCGACAACGACGCUGGCUAAUCUUCACACAAAGAUCACUGCCGCCCGGGGGAAGAUCUUCACCGAUGUUGCCUUCUGGGGUGGCGUUGUUCCGGGCAACGCAAGCGAGUUGAAGAAGAUGAUUCAUGCUGGGGUGGUUGGGUUCAAGUGUUUCCUGUGCCCCAGCGGUGUGGAUGAAUUUCAACACGUUGAAGAGGAUGAUUUGCACCAGGCGCUGAAGGUGAUGGAAGGGACCGGAUCGGUGCUGGCUUUCCACGCCGAGAUGGAAUGCGCUGAGAGUCCAUCCCAUGGUCACAAUCCGAAAAAAUACGCAACUUUCCUUCACUCCCGCCCAGAUCAGAUGGAGGCAGACGCAAUCGAACUGGUGUCCACACUUUCCCAACAGUACAACGUCCCGUGCCACAUCGUGCAUCUGUCUGCAGCGCGCGCGCUACCCUCGAUUCGUGCCGCUCGGCGAAACGGGGCCAAACUCACGGUUGAAACCUGUCAUCACUAUCUAUCGAUCACCGCAGAAGAUAUUCCGGAUGCGCGCACCGAGUACAAAUGCUGUCCUCCGAUUCGGGGCAAGACCAAUCAGGAGCAGCUGUGGCAAGCGAUUCGCAAUGGCGACAUCGAUAUGGUCGUUUCGGAUCAUUCGCCCAGCACACCGGACAUGAAGCUACUCACGAGCGGAAAGCAUCGGGGCGAUUUCCUCAAAGCAUGGGGAGGCAUUUCUUCUGUGCAGUUCGGGUUGCCAUUGUUUUGGACUAACUGCCGGCGCUACGGGCUGGAUAUUGCAGAUCUGGUUCGGCUGCUCUGUACCGAGCCGGCUCGGAUGUGUGGGCUUGAUAACGUGAAGGGUCGGCUGGAGGUUGGCUACGAUGGAGAUGUUUGCGUUUGGGAUCCGGCAGAUACGUUUACCGUUACCCAGGAUGUUAUCGAGUUCCGCAACAAAACGAGUCCCUACGUUGACCAGAAGCUACGCGGAGUGGUUCACGCGAGUUUUGUGCGCGGCUACUGUGUGUACCGGAGGACAGAGAAGUUUGGUGCUCCCGUGGGUGAUAUUUUGCUGAAAAGACCGAAUCGGCCGGGGUCGAAGACUCUUAUUAUCAAUUAGUGGUUAAGUGCUUGAUAUUUAAGCUUCAAAUAUGUAUAAUCUAAUUUAAGUUUUUUCAUGAAUUGUACAGUAAUGUAGGAAAAAGGUAACCCUUCAUCAAAUAGUUUAACCAAUUCAAUCCAACCAGAAAUCCGCUGUCAUUAAAAUAUGUGAAACUAUACAGGGAAUCAGACAAAAUUUUGCUAAGAAUGUGACUAGCGAAAUUUCGUCAAUGUUAAAUAGGGCAUAACUCUUCGUAAAAUAUACUCAACAAAUGCAACUGGUUGCAUUUGACGGGGAAAUAAUCCCGCGGAUAGAAUCAGGUCGUAUUUAAUGUUUGUUGCUGGAAUCAUAAAUGAAAAGUAAAUAAAAACUCAUACUAGGUAAAAAAUAAAAACGAU